AUGACAGGUGUAGUGAAAAAAUUGCCAAACACACAAAGUUCCAACGCGACAAGAACUGAGCAAGUUUUCCGCAAUUUUCUCCGGCUUCCUGACUCAUUUGCAUGUUCGCCGACCAAGAGCAGUGACAUGAAGUCCCUGUCGAGUGUGAAACCAGUGAUUUUCCUGGCUUUCCUGCACGUUGCGCUGAGUCAGCGAGUCGCUCCUGGAGUGCCACCAAAUCAAUACCAACCACCCCCGCAGCAGGUGCCACAGUAUCAGCAACAGCAAGUGCCUAAUCAGCAGUAUCAGCAGCCACAGCAUGGCCAGCACGGCGGUCCGCCGCCAAAUGUCCAGCACCAGCAGCCUCCGCCCCAGCAUCACCAGCAGCCUCCGCCUCAGCACCAUCAGGCGCCCCCGCAGGGACAUCACCAGCCUCACGGGCAACACGCACAGCACGGACAGCACGGCCAGCCGCCACAAGUCCUCAAUCCCGGCAACAUCCAAGAGGAAAGAGAUCACAUCAAGGAGCACUUGGAGGUGCCGAUCGACACUAGCAAAAUGUCUGAGCAGGAGCUUCAGUUUCACUACUUCAAGAUGCACGAUUCGGACAAUAACAACAAACUGGACGGAUGCGAGCUGAUAAAGUCUCUAAUUCACUGGCACGAACAGGGAAGCAAAGAGCACCGCGAGGGCCAGCCUCAGGUUGAGGAGAAGUUGUUCUCCGACGAGGAGCUCGUGGCCCUCAUUGAUCCCAUCCUGCAGAUGGACGAUCUCAGUCGCGACGGUUACAUUGACUAUCCGGAGUUCAUUAAGGCGCAGCAGAAGGCGGCCAGCCACCAACAAAGGCCGUAAGAGAGCUUAAGGGCAGAUCGACCGACACGUGACAAUAUUCUUGACAAAACGGAUCUGCAGAGAAAGAGACUGACGCUGUUUCUCACUUCCUGAAUCUUCCAGCUCUGCUCAGAAUCUCUCACCAUCUCAUUUUUGCGUUGUACAGACUUUUUUUUUCGUUUUCCUGCCGGCCAAUAUAAUUUAAUUGAUAUAGUUUCUUGUGACAUUCCCAUGGAGAGAUUAUAAAAGAAGAUAAAGAAUCCUUUUUCCAAUUGUUAAGUUUUGUUGUUGUGCUCUUUUUCCCCGUUCACUUCGCAUUGUAGAUUGUGGUGAAGGAUCUUCUCUCUUGUAGCUGAAAGCCUAUCAUUUUGUAGUGUUUUCCUUCUCUAUUUUCCUCUUCUCUGUGAUUUUGCUGUUCACUCUCUCUAAAAUGUGUCUCUUUGGACGAAUUUUCCUUGUGAUGCAAAAACACGACUUGAAAAAAAC